ACACCACUAACAACUACCAAACCCAUAACCCCCUUAAACAUGGGUGCUUAGUCUCAACAGCUGACAAACCGGCCCCGCUCUCUCCUCCGUAGCUAGCUCGCUCGCUCGCUCUGAUCCGCCACCUACCGCCGGUCCGCCCCCGUUACCAACUUCCUCCGGUCCGCCCCGAGUUCCAAGUUAACCCACCAACCGUCUCAUCGAUGAAUCGCGCUGCUCGCUCCCUCGUUGCCAUGGGGGUGCGCCAUCCGACCUCCAUGCCCCUCUGAGCUCGUUCUUGGAGCGUCUCAGGCUCAGCUUAUCCCACGCGCGGGUCAUUGGAUCACGGCCAUGGCGUCGGUCAGGUCAUGCGUGUCCGUGAAGCCGACCGUGAGCCCAGUCAAGUACAGAUCCACGAGGGUCGGGGCGGCCACCUUGGGGGCGAAAGGAAGGCUGCAGAUAUCUUCUUCUUCUACUACCUUGGCGUUAGGCGCCGAUGGUUGCAGGGAUGCUGGUUGUGCCAGUAGCAGCGGGAGGGGCGACGUCAAUGGUGCUGUCGGUUUGCUCGGCGAUGGUGGGAGGAUCAGGAGGGGCCAGAGGGAGGUCGUCGCCAUGUGCAGCGCGAGCUUUGACGGGGUCCGGCCCUGCGCCCCCGCCGCCGCCGUGGCGAGCGCCGUGCCGCCCGCCUCAGCUUCGGCGUUCCCGGAGCGGGCAAAGGUGGUGACUCUGGUAGCGGCCAUUAUGCUGCUCUGCAACGCCGACCGGGUGGUCAUGUCCGUCGCCGUCGUGCCGCUGGCCGCGCAGCACGGCUGGUCCAGCUCCUUCGUGGGCAUCGUCCAGUCAUCAUUUUUGUGGGGAUAUGUUUUCUCAUCCAUGGUUGGAGGAGCUUUGGCAGACCGAUAUGGCGGGAAGAAGGUGAUGGCAGGUGCUGCUGCACUCUGGUCCUUGGCUACUUUCCUCACUCCUUGGGCUGCCUCCCGCUCCACCAUCAUGUUGCUUGCUAUGCGUGCACUCUUUGGCCUUGCAGAAGGUGUGGCAUUUCCGACAAUGAGCACCUUCUUACCUAAGUGGUUCCCAACACAUGAACGUGCCACUGCUGUCGGCAUUUCCAUGGGAGGAUUCCAUCUUGGAAAUGUCAUAAGCUUCCUAACAACGCCGAUCAUCAUGUCACACAUAGGCCUCACGGGAACAUUUGCCUUCUUUGCAUCGCUUGGUUACCUGUGGCUCUCAGUAUGGCUGUUCAACGUAGUAAGUGAUCCUCUUGACAGCCGUACCAUAAGCAAAUCUGAGCUGCAAUUAAUUCUAGCUGGAAGAAGUGGAUCAAAAGUCCGAGGCAGCAAAUUCCCAUCCCUAAGGGAAUUGUUCUCAAAGAUUGAGUUCUUAGCCAUCAUUGUAGCCAAUGUGGUGAACAACUGGGGCUAUUUUGUCCUACUGUCAUGGAUGCCUGUAUACUUCAAAACGGUUUAUAAUGUCAAUCUCAAACAAGCAGCAUGGUUCAGCGCCAUACCUUGGGCAGUCAUGGCUGUGUCCGGUUAUGUUGCAGGAGCUUCUGCAGAUUUCCUGAUCAAAUCUGGUUUCUCCACUGCACUAGUUCGUAAAAUUAUGCAGUCCAUUGGUUUUAUGGGGCCGGGUGUGUCAUUGCUAUGCUUAAGAUUUGCCCAAACUCCAUCAGUUGCUGCGGCUCUCAUGACCAUUGCCCUGAGCUUGAGUUCCUUCAGUCAAGCUGGAUACUUUUGUAACGUACAGGACAUUGCUCCCAAAUAUGCUGGAUCUUUGCACGGACUGACGAACGGCAUCGGGACAGUGGCCGCCAUAGUUAGCACCAUCGGAACUGGCUACUUCGUCCAGUGGCUAGGGUCCUUCCAGGCCUUCCUCACCCUCACGGCAGCGCUGUACUUCAGCGCCACCAUCUUCUACAACACCUACGCGACGGGCGACCUGAUUUUUGACUGAGAUAAAAAAAAAUUUAAGAUUCUUUUGUGCACAUUCUCAAAGUGUACCAGUACUCAUUUGUAUCUCAUCUGGAAUGGAAUAAAAUAGACAUUGAUGGUUU